GGAGGGUUGGCGGGCGCCGGGGAGCCUGGGUGGGCUGACGUGCGCCGCGGGUCCGGGUCAGCGGGGAGCCCAGGGGUCCCGGGCAGGCCGGCACGCACCGGGAGGGGCUGAUGUGCGCCAGGGGAUGCUGGACCGACGGGGGGCAUGGACGGGCGGGCUGGCGUUGCACCGACGGGGGUCCCGGGGGAGCGGGGCGUGCCGAGGAGCAGCCCCGGGGCAGGUAGGGGUGCACGGGACGUCCCAGGUCGGAGACUGUGCUCGGUGGGGCCCUGGGCAGCGGUGCAGGAUGCACCGGGGGGGGGCUCCCAGCCAGGACGGGGCGAGCCAGGGACGCCUCUUGAGCAGAGCGGGGUCCGCUGGCGGGCCUGGGGCAGAGCGGGUGGGCAGCUCGGGGGACGGGCUGGUGCUGGGCUGACGGCCCCCCCAGGCUCCUGGGUGGAGCUGUGGUGUGGCCCAGGGUGCCCAGAGCCCGAGCCCGUGCCCUCGCGGUUCUCCUCCUGCCACGCCGACGUGGAGCGGAUGCUGCUGGAGGCCCAGCUGGAGACGGAGAGCGGUGACGGUGGCCUGCUCACGCUGGGCUCCCCGGCCUGGGACGACGAUGGAGCCAGGCAGGCGAGCGAGCAGCCUAGGGAGAGCGAGCUGCUCCCUCCCCGCAGCCAGCCCCAGCCGGGCUGCCCUCACCCCCGGCAGCGGGAUGUGCCGGAGGAAGCCGAGUGGAGGGAGCGACGCCUGCCAGCAUCCCUCGGCUGGGCCUGUGCCCGCCGCCCUCGGCAUCUGUCUCCAAAGGAGUUUGCCUUUGUGUGCUCCCCCCAGCCGGUGCUGUGGAGCCUGCAGGGAGGUGCAGUGGGGAGAAAGAAGAGACUUUUCAGUUCGGAGCUGCUGCUGCUCUUCAUCCCCUCGCUGCUGCUCAGCCACGUGCUGACCCUGGGACUGGGGAUCUACAUUGGGAAGCGGCUGGCAGCCUCCUCGGCAAACCCGCUGUGAAGAGCUGGGCUCAGCGAGAGACGGGUGGCUCCACUGCCCUGCUCCUCCGCUCAGCGUGUGCAGGGAGCCCAGGCACCAGCGCGGCCCAUCUGGUCCCAGACCUCGUGUUUGUGGCACAAGGCGCUGUCUCCCCUUGUCCCUUCUUUAGCUCCAGCCCAGGGAGCUGAUCCUACCCUCCCCCGUAGACAGGAACCCACUGAUGGCAGCUCCCCACUGCAGGCAGCCCCUGCCCUCCCCAUCCCUUGGUUACGGGUCCAGGUUCCUCCUUUUUAACACAAGAUUGUAAAUACGACUCCUGAGCCCACAACACUACGUGCGAAUAAACAGCCCCGUGCCAGCUCGGGAGGCAGAGCAGCGUGCCAGCAGUCACCGCGCCAGACCCGGCACAACCCAGCCGGGGGAGAGCGGGUGUGCUCCCCAGCAGCACCAGGUUCCUGUGGGUUUUGCCUGCCGUGGGGCUCCAGGCUGCAGGAGGGCGAGUCCCCGCUCUUUAGGGUGCUGGGCUGCUGUGCCGGUGUGGUGCCUGGCGGUGGAAAGGCCCGCGGUUGGGCUGCGCGUGGGCAGGGACGAGUGCUGGGGUGCACACAGGGUUUUCAGCCUCACCGCAGGGUGCCCAGCUGAUGCGUUAGUCCUUUAUUAGGUGGCCGUGGCUGUGGCCUGAU